AUGGCAAGAUUUGGCAACAUUAGUGUUGCACAGAGCGUGGGUAACAUCGUUCUGACAGAGCAAGAGUACAACUUGAUUGGCUUCGAGGGAUAUGCGGCUGAUUUGGAGCCACUGCUGGAUUCCAUUGUGUACACGCCAGCGGAGAACAUGAAUUCGAACCAUGCCGUUGACCAUCUGUGUUUCUUUCUGACAGACUCGCCGGGUUCGAAACGAAUUGGCAACGUGAGAGAAUUCACCGGUUGCUGGGACAUUUUGAUACAGCCAGUAAACGAUCCCCCCACUUUAACACAGAUGUUCGAUGGCACCUCACUGGAGCCUACUUGUGAUUCUCUUGAGCUGGUGAAUGAAAGCUUCGAGAACUUGACUGGCAACUUGACAUGUGCAUCUGGCAUUCGGUUCAGGCUU